AUGGAUUCGCCGACGGAUGGGAAUUCGAUGACGUCAACCUCGUCCUCGACGCGGGCGAGCUCUCUCGGCGCGGGCGACGGCGCGGAGGCGGCGACGUCGGCGCAGCUCUCCGCGGCGAGAAGGGGGCGGUCGCCACUGAGGUACGACCCGGAGGCGAGCGCGAAGCGGUUCUCGAGAGAUCCGCUGGCUGUCGCGGGACGCAGCGCGGAGAUCGCCGGGACGUUGAGUUCAUUCGCGGCGAGCGUGGCGAUGGAUUAUCAGCGAGGUGAGGUGGAGAAGAACGCUCGUAAGCGGGCGGGUGAGUUGAAGGAGAAACUCACGAGGUUAGGGCCGGCGUUCGUGAAGGUUGGGCAAGCGCUGAGCACGAGACCGGAUUUGUUGCCGACGCAGUACUUGGAGGAGCUGAGCGCGCUGCAGGACGCGUUACCGACAUUUUCAGAUGCCGAUGCGUUCGCGUUGGUUGAGAAGGAGCUCGGACGGCCGAUGGAUCAAAUGUUCGAUCGAAUAUCGCCGUCGCCGAUCGCGGCGGCGAGCUUGGGGCAGGUGUACAAGGCGAAGACGAAGGACGGGCGAGACGUCGCGCUCAAGGUACAGCGCCCGAGCAUAGAGGCUGGGUUAGAUUUAGAUUUCUACCUCAUCAGAACGGGGGCCACGAUCAUCGAUAAGCUGGUGACGUCGUUGAACACGUCCGUGGUCGAGCUCGUGGAUGAGUUCGCGGCGCGGGUGUUCAUGGAGUUGGAUUACGUCGAGGAGGGGCGAAACGCAGAGCGUUUCGCGCGUUUGUACGGCGAUCGAACGGACAUUGUCGUGCCGGGGAUCGAGUGGGAUAUGACGUCACCGCGCGUGAUCACAAUGGAGUGGAUUCAGGGCACGAAGCUGAGCGACCAGGAAUCGCUCAAAGCGCAGGGGUUAGACGUGCUCGCUUUGGUGGACACGGGAAUCCAAUGCUCUCUGCGUCAGCUCCUUGAGUUUGGUUACUUUCAUGCGGAUCCGCACCCUGGCAAUUUACUGGCGACGCCGGAUGGGAAGUUGGCCUUCUUAGACUUUGGAAUGAUGAGCGAGAUGCCGGAGAGUGCUCGAUACGCUAUUAUCGAUCACGUCGUGCACUUGGUGAAUCGAGACUACGUCGCGAUGGCAAAUGAUUAUUAUGCGCUGGGCUUCCUGGAUGAGAGCGUCGACGUCACGCCCAUCGUUCCUGCGCUCGAGGAGUUUUUCGACGACGUACUGGAAGCUACCGUGGAAGAAUUGAAUUUCAAGACCAUCACCGAUGGCCUUGGGGCGGUGUUAUACAAGUACCCGUUCAAUGUCCCGGGUUACUAUGCGUUGAUCUUGCGUUCGCUCACCGUGCUCGAGGGCUUGGCGUUGACGACGGAUCCAAAGUUCAAGGUCCUGGCGAAGGCGUACCCGUACAUGGCACGUCGUCUACUUACGGACCCGCGGCCACAGCUUCGCGAUUCCUUCGCCGAGCUCCUCUUCAAGGAUGGCACGUUCCGAUGGAACAGACUCGAAAAUUUAUUGCGCGAGGGCAGCAAGAGCGAUGACUACGACGCCGCUGCCGUCGUCCCGCCCCUCAUCGAGCUCGCCAUCGGCGAGGACAAGCCCGGUGAGGCGAAGAACACGCUUCGCCCGCUCAUUGAGGCGGAGACCGUGCGCGUGCUCGAGGCUAUUCUCCUCGGCACCGCGAUGGACUCGGCGAAAUCGGAUGGACUCGCGCCGCUCGUCAAUGCGCUCCCCGCGCAGCUUCGCGCGCUCCCACCGUUGACGUUCGGCAACGCCAAGCAAGAGGCCAAGCUCAUGAAAAAGCGCGAGCAAAUUAUGCGCAUCGUCGACAUUUACUCCGCCUCCAAGGGAUUUGACCCUCAAAAGCUCACCCCUGUCGCGGAUGCGCUGCGUCAACCCUCCGCCGGCGGCUUCGUCCAGCGCGUCGCCGCCGGUCUGGCCGAACGCAUCGCCGCCCGCGUCGUUAACGUCUUCCUCCUUACCGGUGAGCCCGUUAACGCCACCCCCACUUCGUCCAAAGACGUCAGCGCCACCGCCGCGAGGGCGAGAUAG